AUGUCAGUGGGCAGGUUCCCGAAGGAGCCAGACGAAAGGGAAUCCAAGAGAGCCAGAGUGAGUACCACGCCAUUAAUUGGGUUCACGGAGGAGGACAAGCAAGGAACUAUUCAACCCCAUGAUGAUGCCCUAGUCGUGACGCUCAGAAUAGGAGGUUAUGACGUGAAAAGGGUGUUAGUUGAUCAAGGCAGCGCAGUGGAAGUAAUGUACCCGGAUUUGUAUAAGGGGCUGAACUUGAAGCAGGAAGACCUGUCGCCAUACGAUUCCCCUCUGGUCAGUUUUGAAGGAAAGAUCGUCAUCCCGAAAGGCAUGAUUAGGCUGCCUGUGCAAACUGACUCGGACAUGGUAGAGGUGAACUUCAUUGUCGUAGAUGCAUACUCCCCCUACACAGCUAUUGUGGCCCGGCCGUGGCUUCACGCACUGGGGGCUAUGUCACCAACCUUGCACCAGAAAGUGAAGUAUCCGUCAGGAGGUCAAGUUAAAGAAAUAAUAGGGAAUCAAGGAAUGGCUAGGCAAUGCAUGGUGUCGGCAAUCUCACGACAACCAAAUAGGGAACCUUCCACUUCAGUUGAGAGCGGCUUAUAG